CGUCCCGCAAUGCGCCUCCUUACCACCCUCGUCGUCCCGCUCCUCCUUAGCGCCUCGAGUGCGCUCGCCUAUCCCGGCAUGGCCGCGGCCCCAGGCGAGGUCAACCCGCACGACGGGAAGUCCAUGCCCGCUGGGAUCUUCGACCCCAAACCCGCCUUCCCGCCGUUGCCCGCCAACUACGAGUCGCUGUCGGCGCUCGAGAAGCAGAGCAUCUUGUGGGAGCGCCUGAAGCAGACGACCAAUCAGUCGCAGGGAUGGAACUCGGGGAUCGAGAGCGCCUGGUUGAUGACGACGUUGCCGUGGAACCCACCGUUCCAGAGGAAGAGUGAUGAAAUGGUUCCUGGCAGGAAGAAGUUCAUUCGGAACCGCGGCGCCCACGCCCAGAUCCAAUUCACGCCCCUGCCCUCUGCACACAACUACACCGGCAUCUUCGCUACAGGCGGCACCGGCCUCAUCCGCCUAACCACCCUCGACGAGCCGCCCAAGAACCCCAAAGCCGACGAUGUCCUCAUCGCCCCCGGCGGCGUCGUGAAGUUCCUCAUCUCCGGCCGCGAAUCCACCAACCUGUUCGUGAUUUACUCCCUCGAGGGCCAGAAAGGCAGCUGGAACUACUUUGAGAAUGCACUAAGCAACCACCUCGCCCCGCCCACGACGUUGAAGACCAAAGCGGCGAAACUGCUGAACCAGAGGGUUAGCCAUUGGUCGGAGAUGACGGGGCUGUCCGGGCUUGCGAGCGUGACUCCCGACGGCAAGGCUGUGGAGAACCCCAAGGCGCCGUUUCAGUUGUGGCUGGUCCCGACGGAUCAGGCGAGGAACAACGCCCCGAAACUCACCGCCGCAACAGCAUCCACCACCUUCGCAACCUCGUUCUCCGCCCUCCCACCUUCCACCCCACUUUACCACAUAUACGCCAUUCCCGAACCGAUUCAGCCGUACAACCCAUCAACCCAGUACCACGCGACCGAGCUCUCCUCCGCCGAGCACCUCGGCGACAUCACGACCACGUCCGAGUUCAUCGCGUCGACGUAUGGCGACGCCCAGCUGCAUUUCAAGCACACGUCGUUCGAUGAGGAUUUGAAGUUGAGGCCGCUUUGGGAGGAUGUUGUGAAGAGUGCGAGGACAUAGAUGUCAGAGUGAGGAUGGGGUUCUUAAUACCCUCGUGUUUCUGGAAUGCUCGUACUGUCAGACAUAGAUCGUUGCACUUCGCACAACACUCGGUUUCCUAAAAACCAACAGAAAACACU